GAAAUUAAAUAAAACCAUAGUAGACUGCUGUCUAAAACGCAAUCAGUUUUAUAUAUUUAUAUACGAAUCCCAGAGGCAUGGCUAAAAAGUUCUCUUUAACCGAAGAGAAGCUAGACGAUCUUUUUGUGGAGGAGGUGGCCAGUGUGGUGAAACUGGUUGAUCGGCUGCCCGAUAAAGACCUCAUAGUGCCCACCUGUACCCGGUGGCUCAAAAUCUUUCACCUCGCAACGCCGAAGGAACGAUUUUCCCGAAACUAUAUGCUCCUGCUCCUCCAUAAACAACUGAAUGAUCACCGCUCAUUAGGGUAUCCAUUUACGAAUCCCGACAGUUCUGAUAUGGAUUUGCGCGUUCUUCACGAAAUGAGCCUAAAAACAGGUAAUACAGAGCAUCCCAUAGGCAAGUAUGACGUGCAAUGCAAAUCUGAUGGGGAAGAGUUUUCCUCUUUCAGUUCUUGUGAAAAUCUAGAGGAGGCUAACUGUAGGUUGGUUUGCGAAAAUGCUGAAUUGUCAAAAGAGUUGCAGGAGCUUCAGGGUCUAAUUGAAAAAUUGCAGAUGAAGCGGGAUAAGGCCGAGAAAGCCAUCCAAAUACAAAAUGAGGAUAUUUACAUGCUGGACAGGGAGAACCGCUACCUAAAGCGAAUCUUUGCCGGCUCUUCGAUCACCGCUCUAAAGGAACUGUGCACCGAACAAAAUACCGCCUUAUUUUUUGACACUCUAUACAAGGUUCUUUGCGAAGACGAAUCAGACGUUCAGCAGGUUAAGCACUUUAAUGAACACUUUAAGGCCCUAUUGCAAGCCCAUAUGGAUCAUUACCAGCGAGUGCAGCGUGCUCCUUUGCUGGAUGAGGCUAGCCAAAUGUACGACAAGCUACGAUCCAAAGUGAGCAAGAAAUACAAAAAUGUGAUGGCCAUGAAACUAGAUGCUCAGGGACAGGAGCUGAUCCUAAGCGCCAUGCGCUAUUUGACAGUGCUGCGUAAAAUUUUCCUCGCCACUUUUAAGGGCAAGCCAAGCACAAAGAAGGCAGUGGUUCAGUUUCUUCAACAGAGCUACGAGCAAAUGGCCGAUAUGUUAUAGG